ACUUACAAGUCUUUGCUCAUGCAAUGAUAAGAGCUUUUAUGCCUCAAAUUGAAACUAAACAUUUUUUCUAAUCAAACUCAACGACCAUGAAGUUCCAUACUAGUAUUAAUUAUCUCCUCCUUUUCCUCCUCCAUAUCAUCCCAGCAACUACAGUGCCUGCUUACACCCCAGCUGACCGUAUACUCCUCAACUGCGGUGCCUCAGGAAUCUUCAACGACACCAGCCACCGGAGUUGGGUGGGCGAUACCGAUUCUAAAUUCAUGCCAGAAAAUGCGACCAUAUCUUUAGCCUCCUAUAUGGAUCCUAGUGUUUCUCCAGUCCCUUAUCACACCGCUCGUCUUUUCACUAACUCUUUCACCUACACAUUUCCCAUCAGCAAAGGACAGAAAUUCCUUCGCCUCUACUUCUACCCCAACAUUUACUCCCACCAAGACACUUCUACAUCUCUCUUCUCUGUCUCCGCAAAUUCCUUUAAUCUACUAACCAAUUUCAGCGCAUUCCUUUACUCACAGAAUUCUUCACAACCAUCUUUCAUGAAAGAAUUCAUCAUCAAUAUCAAAGAUCAUAGUGUAAAACUAGCUUUAACUUUCUUACCAGAGCCAUCCUCUACUGGUUUCGUGAACGGCAUUGAAAUCGUUUCAAUCCCGGAUGAACUCUACUUACGUAGAAAUGAGGUCAUUAAAUACGUGGAGGAGAACAGUCAAAUAUUCAAUCUGGAUGGCAAUACAGCUUUUGAGAGUCUUUACAGGCUAAACGUUGGUGGAGGCAGAGUUGAUAUUGAAUACGACAGCGGCAUGAACCGGGUGUGGUACCCAGAUGAUAACUACUUAGUCAGCAAAGCUGCCGGUAAGACUCUCCACGCUGACGACAACGUUGAAGUUACCUCACUUUCACACACUGCUCCAGAUAUAGUAUACAAAAGUGCUAGAGUGACCGCGAAUAACGCCAUCAUCUUGAAUUGGGAGUUCCCUGUGGAUUCAGGGUUUUACUAUCUCAUCAGGUUACACCUUUGUGAAUUUAUGCCGGGUGUAACCAAGUCAAAACAAAGGACUUUUUCGAUAUCCUUGAACAACAUUGCUGCGGAUAUUGCAGCCGACGUUGUCUUAUGGGCCGGCGGCCCUCUAAUUCCCACCUUCAAGGACUACGUAAUAUGGGCACCUGAUUAUAGUGGGAAACAAAACUUGGUUCUGUCUGUGUUUCCUGUCAACGCACAAGAUCCACAUAAUCGUAUUGCUUUCUUGAAUGGCCUUGAAAUAUUCAAACUCAAUCAUACCAACGGGAGCCUAGCAUCCGCCAACCCUGAGCCGGCGGUGAACCAUUUUCAGCUGAUAAUGAAGGAGAAGAAAAGUCGAGGAUUGUAUGUAGUUAUUAGUGUUACGGUGACUGUGGUCGUCGGCGUGCUUGCUGUGGUUGGAGUAUUGAGUUUUCUGAUUUAUCAAAGGCUGCAUAAAGUGAAGAAGCAAUCUUAUGGCAGUGUCGCCCAGUCAUCCUUCCUACCUCCUUCAACCACUUCAAGAUCCACAACUGGUACUACUGCUGCCGAUUCGCACCCUUGGAAUUCCUGCAGAUAUUUCCCUCUCGCUGAGAUCAAAGCUGCAACAUCCAACCUAGAUCGAAACUCCAUCAUCGGGAAAGGAGGAUUCGGGUGCGUGUAUAUGGGGGUCAUAGACGACGGCGCCACCACUGUGGCGAUCAAACGGCUCAACCCGUCGUCCAAUCAAGGGGCUCGCGAGUUCCUAACCGAAAUCCACAUGCUGUCGAAGCUAAGGCACCUCCACUUAGUAUCACUUAUCGGCUACUGUGACGAAGAAGGCGAGAUGAUCUUGGUGUACGAUUACAUGGCCCACGGCUCUUUACAUGACCAUCUCUACAGCUCCCACAAACCCCCUUUAUCAUGGAAACAGCGCCUCCAGAUCUCCAUGGGCGCUGCAAAAGGAUUGCACUAUCUCCACACCGGGACUGAACACGCCAUCAUACAUCGCGACGUCAAGUCCACUAACAUCCUACUCGACCACAACUGGAUCGCCAAGAUAUCCGAUUUUGGACUGUCCAAAAUGGGAGAGUCGAACGAUUCGUUCACGCAUAUCAGCACCAACAUCAAGGGCACCUUCGGGUACUUGGAUCCAAAAUACCUAUCGACUCAUCAGCUGACAAGAAAAUCAGAUGUGUAUGCAUUUGGAGUGGUUCUGUUCGAGCUUAUUUCUGGAAGAGCAGCGGUGGAUGUGAGGCUGGAUGAGGAGCAGCAUAGCCUGGCUGGAUGGGCUCGAUUUUGUGUACGAGAAGGACAAGUGGACGGGCUCAUUGACAGAAACCUUGAGGGGCAGAUUUCAGCAGGUUGUUUGGAUGUGUUUGUAGGAAUAGCAGGGAGGUGCAUACACAUUCAGCCACUGGAAAGGCCUAGCAUGGCUGAUGUGGUGAUGGGCCUCGAAUUAGCAGCAGCGUUACAGGAGACAACGGUGGUGGAAGAUGAUGAUAAUGAUGCCGAAGGGAUUCACAGCGAUCAGAGCCAGGUGUUUGUUUCUAUGGAUGUGAUAUGUGGCACAAAUUGUUCAGAAUCAACCGGUUAGGGAGUUGAAAUAUUGUAGCAAAUAUAUACUACGAAUUAUAUCUCUGCACGAUUAGGAGUCCUUUAUUUGUCACAAAUUGUAAGAAAUGUGAGUUGAAAAUGUAAUAAGUUAAUGGAAUAUAUGGCCUACUUACUAAGUUAA